GUGGGACGACCCAAAAAAGAAAUGUACACAAAAACAAUGGGAUGGAAGGAGUAUAAUCUAGCACAAUGUGCAUAAAAAUUGAGAUUAUAAAUUGAUUAAAGAAUUGUAGGAGUGAAUAUACAAGUCUCUAAUUUCCAGCACCAAUCUGAGCCCUGAAAUCUAUAUUUGCUUGACAGUCUUUAUUUUGCUAGAGUCCCUUAAUUUUAUCCGUCUCUAUCAUGUUGUAUGUAAAAUGUGGAUGGUGAAGGCCCAAGAACUGACUGUUCAAUGUGUUUGUGUCUUUCUCGCCUUUGGCUUAUCACUUAUGAAUGAGAUUAUUUACAGUGAAAAAGAGGUCAACUACAAAAUUUUAAUCAGCUGAGACGAAGGGGGUAAGAAUAACCUGAAGUGGAAGAGCUGCAUGAAUGCCGGAUUCUUGUUUUCAUUUAGCUUAAUUUUACUAAGCUUACAUAUUCCAUCAAUUUCUACACGUAAUGUUUUAGUCUGAUUUUGUUUUCUCAACAGAAUGACAUUUAUAUAUGGCUCAUGUCAACAUGCUUUCUGUGGUUUGUUCUUGCAAUCUACUUGGACAACAUAGUUCCGAAUUCAUCUGGCGUGAGAAAAUCAAUUUUCUACUUCUUGAUUCCUGGUUACUGGACAGGAAAAGGUGGAGAUAAUGUAUCUGAGGGCAGUAUCUGUAAUUGUACCGGUGCAAUUCUGGAAUCAGAAAGUAGUGUUCCAGAUGAUGAGGAUGUUCUUGAAGAAGAAAACACAGUGAAACAACAAGCAAAUGAUCGCAAAAUUGAUUCUACAGUAGCAGUUCAGUUAUGUGGCCUUGUGAAGAUGUAUCCAAGUUCAAGGAAGAUUAGCUGUUGUAAUUGCAAAAUGAACUCACCUUAUCAUGCUCUGAAGGGCUUGUGGGUAAAUUUUGCCAAGGAUCAGCUGUUUUGUCUUCUUGGGCCCAAUGGGGCUGGAAAAACUACUAUUAUAAAUUGUUUGACUGGGAUAACACCUGUUACUGAUGGCGAUGCAUUAAUAUAUGGAUGCUCAAUCCGCAGCUCAACUGGCAUGUCAAAGAUUCGACAGAUGAUUGGUGUUUGUCCACAAUUUGAUAUUCUCUGGGAUGAGUUGUCUGGACAGGAACACCUCCAACUCUUUGCCACCAUUAAAGGUUUAUCACCUGCUUCCAUAAAAUCGGUCGUGCACAAUGCAUUAGCUGAGGUUAAACUGACUGAUGCUGCCAGAAUGAGAGCUAGCAGUUACAGUGGAGGAAUGAGGCGGCGUCUCAGUGUUGCAAUAGCUCUUAUUGGCGAACCGAAAUUGGUUAUUCUAGAUGAACCGACAACCGGCAUGGAUCCAAUAACAAGACGACACGUCUGGGAUAUAAUUGAGGGUGCAAAGAAAGGGCGUGCCAUCAUCUUAACCACUCAUUCUAUGGAAGAAGCUGAUAUUUUAAGUGAUCGCAUAGGCAUCAUGGCAAAGGGGAGACUUCGUUGCAUCGGGACUUCAAUAAGGUUGAAGUCAAAAUUUGGAACUGGUUUUAUUGCUAAUGUCAGUUUUUCUGGAGGGACAAGUACUACAGAAGACACUUUGCGUACAUAUCCACAUCAAGCAGUAAAACACUUCUUCAAAACUCAUUUAGAUGUGGUCCCUAAGGAAGAAAACAAAUCCUUUCUGACCUUUGUAAUUCCACAUGACAAGGAGAGCCUUUUGAUGGAGUUCUUCACGGAACUCAAAGACCGAGAAGGAGAAUUUGGAAUAUCAGACAUCCAACUAGGGCUCACAACACUGGAAGAGGUUUUCCUAAACAUUUCUAAGCAGGCCGAAUUGGAAAGUGCUGCAGCAGAGGGAAGUUUUGCUACUCUUACAUUGAACUCAGGGUCAUCUCUACAGAUACCGGUGGGGGCAAGAUAUAUUGGGAUUCCUGGGACAGAAUUUGCCGAAAACCACGGAGGUAUUAUGGUAAAAGUUAACUGGGAACAAGAUGAUUCUGGUAGAUUGUGCAUCUCCGGCCACUCAGAGGAGAUGCCAAUACCUCCUCAUAUUGAAAUGACAGCUUCUCCAACGACCACUUCUGGUUGGGGCUUUAGACAACGAAGACAAAUUCGGGGAGUAGUAAUCGAUCCUGCACAAAUGAACUACACAAAUGUACAUUGAUGAAUGACUUUAUUAUGCUAAUCACGCGACGGAAGGUAUACAACAACAGUAAACUCAAUAUAAUCCCAACUCCCUUGGUGUUUGUAGGAUAUACAAGAUAAUACUCCAUACUUCUUUUUCAUCUCAAUGGGAUUAAGCCUCUAUUUAUAGUGGAGAGGCUUGGUAUGAAUACAAAUACAAGUGGGAAGUACUGUACAUAAUUGAUACUCAUCAAUGGUUGUCUUAAUCUACUAUUCUAGAAAAUAGGCCUGAUUAAUUGAAUAAAUGAACAAUCAUUAU